AUGAUAUGCGACGACCAGAGAAAUAAAGUCCAUUUGUGGGCCGACACUAUACUUAAAGACAAGGAUGCGGCCAAAUACGUGUCGGGAACGGCGUUUCAUUUCUAUGCCAACAAACCGGAAAAUGUGGUCAAUUUAGACAAGACUCACGAAAUAGAUCCGAACCGUUAUAUACUGAACACAGAGGCCUCGCAUAAUGUGCCGACACUUGGAUUCUGGCCCUUCUUAGAGGACUUCUCCAAAGAUAUCAUAAUUGAUUUAAACCACUGGACCAAUGGGUGGGUGCACUGGAAUAUGGCGCUUAAUCUGACGGGUGGACCCGAUUGGUGCGGGAAGGCGGGCGCACCCAUUAUAGUGAACGCCACGGGACAGGAGUACUACAAGAAUCCAAGCUUUUAUGGUUUGGGACACUUCAGUAAAUUUGUUUCACCCGAUUCCGUGAGACUGGAGCUCCGGGAGGAUAAACCGGUGGACAAAGUGCUGACCAUUGCUUUCGAGAGACCCGACGGCGGAGUUGUUGUCAUUAUUUUGAAUCCAAGUGAGGCAUGGUCUUGGGAACUGGGCGGAUUCGGUAAUACCUUGGUCGCCCAGUUCAAUCCCGUACGUUUCAUUCCGGGACCUGUAUUCGCCGUCAUAGAUGGCGUCACCGGCUAUUCAGAAGAGGAGGCGGAGAAUGCACUUUCGAGAUAUGAAAUCUUUGGCGACUUUAACCGCACGCUCCCGGAGACCGACUACGAAAUGACCAAAUUUUGUCUAAACAUAGUUGACUUGCAAAUGCCUAAGGACGUGGCCGUGUCUGUUAGCUGGCUGUCCAAAUUGAAACCUAACCCCAGGUAUGCCGUCUCGAUUAUCUCAACUCCGCCCGUUAUAGCAAAGUUGACGCCCGCGCUGUGCAUACACCCCAACCGAUUGGCAAUUGCCAAGGAUGUGCUCAAAGAGUAUCACAGGCAACAAAGUGAAAUAUUCAGCGAGGGCGUAAUUCGCAAAUUUGUCUCGGACUACACCUCAUAUUUCCGGAUCAUAGCUGAACUGGCUGAGGAACGGGCAUCGGUAAAGGCCGCUGAUAAAUGCGACCUUAGCCAGGGUAGUAGUUUUACGGGACCUAGAUACAAAACAUUGAUCGUGUCCACUGGAAUGGCGCUCGACAAGUUUAUGUAACUCCAACGCCCUAUUAAAUAAAUUUAUUAUAUAAUAUUAUCUAUUAUUGUUAAUAUACUAGUAUUAUAUUUUAAUUAAAAGAGAAUUCAUUCAGC